ACAGUGUCAACCCGCAACUCGGUAUCGAUUUUGUUUGUUUACUAGUUACUGUCAAUAAAAAAUGAGUUGGGUGCUACGGAUAUUUCGCGAUUCUCAUUAAAAUUCAUUGGUGUGAAAGGCAUGAUUAUAAUCAUACUAUUAUUCUAGAUUGCUUGCCUUACUAUCUGGUUGCUUGGUAAGUAUUCCAGGAGGUGCACUGAAACUACAGAACAUUUGUCAAAAUAUGCAAGGCAACAGUCAAUCAUAAACAUUUGAAUAAUUAAAGUAUGUGAAGACAGGUCUUGGAUACAGUUUGAGGACAUCAGUAGUACGAUACAAGUGCAAGGUUCUACAAUGGCAUCUGCCUACCUGGGUCCAGAAAGGCACCCUCCACUUUCUGUAAUUUCAGAAAGUUUUCAGACAAAGCUCAACAUACCAACUCUACUGCCUGAGGAUAUGCUCAGCUUUGGGGUUGAGUACGAGAAGACUUUUUACUCACUUGUGGAUGAAUACCUUCAACUUGGGACCACUGACAAACUGAUCUACAUUGGAGAUACAAGAGGAAGUAUUGCCCAGAUCAUUGAGGAAAAGUUCUGCUUGAUUCAGCCUGUCCAAACUGUAGUACCUGGCCACUUUCAUUAUGUUGAAACAGAGGAUGGAUACAAGGUUCUGCCUAUUAGGAUAUCUCAUGUUGGGGCAGAAGAGUUUUUUCGGAAUUUAACAGAGACCCAGUCAACAGAAAAAUUUGACAGAAUUUUGUUGAAUGACUGUGUGAGAUAUCUGGAGGAGCCUCGCACAAUGUACCAAAAUAUGCUCAAGUGUCUCACACCUAAUGGAAGAAUACUGCUAAUCCAUCGUCCAGCCGAGCUGACCACGUUACCUUACUUCACUGAUGCCAAACAUAGACUGGUUGAAAAUGAGUUGUCCUACACUGAGAUUAUCAAAGACUUACAAGAUUGCAGGCUAGAUGUGGCAUGGCAGCUGGAAUGUCUGCCCAUCCAGAUGAAAAAGAAAAGAUGGCUGGGCAUGCUGAGAGAGAAAUACCCCACUCAGAUGGAAGUGCUCAGCCAGAAUGAGGUGGUGUCUGGUAUAAGGGAGUUAACCGAGGGAUCUAUGAAAUAUCAAGGCUGUAUGGUGGAGUUCAAUGACAGAUUGCUCUUUAUCACAGCCACACCCUGCCAACAACAAGCCACCGUCCCCAGCCUCCAUAGAAAAGGCGCAGACCAGGUGUGUGUCCCCCAAGAGACGUGCCUCAAGUUCACCAUGAAAGUUUCCCCUAAACAGCUCACUGAGCUGACAGAAGAUGUAUGCUGUCAUGAUGAAUGAUGUGUAUAAAAAUACAUGUUCUCGCACAUCAAUAUUUUGCGUAAACUUACAUACAUACAGUAAACUUACAUACGCA